AUGAAAUUCCAACUUGCUCCAGUUCUCGCCUUUGCAUCGUCCGGCCUUGCGCAGGUCGCGGCUAAUCCUCCUGAUGGAAAACAUUAUUCCCCUAUUCCACUCAACACGUUAUCCAAGAACUCGACGUCCGUCAACGUGGCGCCUUAUCAGUCCAACACAUCGAUGUACUAUCUCGGCUACCAGGACGAAGACUGGUCUCGACCGUUCGUCAAGUACUGGAAACCUGCUGUGAAGCAGAUUUCGGAUGAGGUCCAGAAAGGCAUCACUGAAAGUCCGCAUACCAGUAAAUUGGUUUUCAACCCUCAAGAGGCGCCUCAUUAUUUCACUCAGCCAGGAUACUUGCAGUUAGAGAAUGGCUGGGCCUUGAGCGACGAUAAUAAGCUCAUGAUUGCCAUUCGUACGGAUAUGGGCAAUGUUACGGGAGACAUGUAUGACUGGUGGUUUGGGUGGCACCUGGUUGACCCUCAAAGAUACAAGUUGUGGUAUCCACUCGCUCAUCAAUAUGCUUACCGAGUCCCGAACGCGAUCAACUGGAAGGACAAGACCUUACCUGAGCGUUACAUCGGAUCGUACUCCUGGAUAGACGAGUUCAUCGGUAAUUUUGCCACUAAACUGACCGUUAACUUCGUGGAUCCUGAGUCUCUCGGGUUCAACACUAGCGCCUUUGAGUCGCAGGGCAUCGAGACUAUUGUUACUGCUCAUAUUUCUAGUGGGCACACCACCAACGUCACUGGUAACUCCUACCUCAUGCAUCAGAUCCGUCGCAAGGAGGAUGGACAGCGAGAACUGCGAUCUCGAUUCUUCCUUGACGUCUUUUCGGAUACCCAAGGUCAUGAUCUUGGCGUUCAUUGUGCUAUUGAGAUGUCACACUUGGCCACAUUUCUGCCUCAGAUAUAUGCUGAGUUCAAAGAUACAGUUUGA